AUGUGAGUGUUGGAGAUGUAUGUGUGAACGUGUGUCAGGUGACCACACACACCUUUGGACCCGGAAGAAGGACAGAACAACACACAACUCCGAGUACAGUGUGUGUGUGUGUGCGUGUGUGCGUGUGCGUGUGCGUGUGCGUGUGCGCGCGCGCAGAUGGAGCACAGAGAGCUGCAUCAGGAUCUGGAGGAUCAGUGGGGUCGGGUGGUUUCCAGACUGCAGGGGAAGGUCUUCCAGUCGGACUGGGACAUCGCCUCCUUCACAAUCUUCUUCAUCUUCAUCGGCAUGGUUCUGCUGCUGGUCCUCCUGGUGCUUAUCCACUGCUGCUGCAGCGAUGAUGAGAAGGUAACAAACACACAC